GUCACAGACCCGCCCACAGCCAGACAGGCGGGCCUUCCCCUCGGGGGUAGGGCUACGUGCUGACGCCACACGCCGGGGCGGGGCCGAGAGUUUGGCGCCCCGGAGUGGGGUGUCGGCGCCGCAUUCGGGUGGAGCUGAGCCGGAGACAGGCAGUGGUGAAAGACUUCAGGACAAAAAUGUUUCAUUUAAGGACUUGUGCUGCUAAGUUGAGGCCAUUGACAGCUUCUCAGACUGUUAAGACAUUUUCACAAAACAGACCACCAGCAGCUAGGACAUUUCAACAGAUUCGGUGCUAUUCUGCACCUGUUGCUGCUGAGCCCUUUUUGAGUGGGACUAGUUCAAACUAUGUGGAAGAGAUGUACUGUGCUUGGCUGGAAAACCCCAAAAGUGUACAUAAGUCUUGGGACAUUUUUUUUCGCAACACCAAUGCUGGAGCCCCUCCGGGCACUGCCUACCAGAGCCCCCUUCCCCUGAGCCGAGGCUCCUUGGCUGCCGUGGCCCAUGCACAGUCCCUUGUGGAGGCACAGCCCAAUGUGGACAAGCUUGUGGAGGACCACCUAGCAGUACAGUCUCUCAUCAGAGCUUAUCAGAUACGAGGGCACCAUGUAGCACAGCUGGACCCCCUGGGGAUUUUGGAUGCUGAUCUGGAUUCCUCCGUGCCCGCUGACAUUAUCUCAUCCACAGACAAACUUGAUCUUGCAGUUUUCAAGGAACGACUUCGAAUGCUAACAGUAGGAGGAUUCUACGGCCUGGAUGAAUCUGAUCUUGACAAGGUCUUCCACUUGCCCACCACUACUUUCAUCGGAGGACAGGAGUCAGCACUUCCUCUGCGGGAAAUCAUUCGUCGGCUAGAGAUGGCCUACUGCCAGCACAUCGGGGUGGAAUUCAUGUUCAUCAAUGACCUGGAGCAGUGCCAGUGGAUCCGGCAGAAGUUUGAAACCCCUGGGAUCAUGCAAUUCACCAAUGAAGAGAAGCGGACCCUGCUAGCCAGGCUUGUGCGAUCCACCAGGUUUGAGGAAUUUCUGCAGCGGAAGUGGUCCUCCGAGAAGCGCUUUGGUCUGGAAGGCUGCGAGGUGCUGAUCCCUGCCCUUAAGACCAUCAUUGACAAGUCGAGUGAGAAUGGAGUGGACUACGUGAUCAUGGGCAUGCCUCACAGGGGGCGUCUGAAUGUGCUUGCGAAUGUCAUCAGGAAGGAGCUGGAGCAGAUUUUCUGUCAGUUUGAUUCAAAGCUGGAGGCAGCUGAUGAGGGCUCUGGAGAUGUGAAGUAUCAUCUGGGCAUGUAUCACCGGAGGAUCAACCGUGUGACUGAUAGGAACAUCACCUUGUCCCUGGUGGCCAACCCUUCCCACCUUGAGGCUGCAGACCCUGUGGUGAUGGGCAAGACAAAAGCUGAGCAGUUUUACUGCGGGGACACGGAGGGGAAAAAGGUCAUGUCCAUCCUGCUGCAUGGGGACGCCGCGUUUGCUGGCCAGGGCAUCGUCUAUGAGACCUUCCACCUCAGCGACCUGCCAUCCUACACAACUCACGGCACGGUGCACGUGGUUGUCAACAACCAGAUUGGCUUCACCACAGACCCAAGGAUGGCCCGCUCUUCCCCCUACCCGACUGACGUAGCCCGCGUGGUGAACGCUCCCAUUUUCCACGUGAACUCAGAUGACCCUGAAGCUGUCAUGUACGUGUGCAAGGUGGCAGCCGAGUGGAGAAGCACCUUCCACAAGGACGUGGUUGUUGACUUGGUGUGUUACCGUCGCAACGGCCACAACGAGAUGGAUGAGCCCAUGUUCACACAGCCGCUCAUGUACAAGCAGAUCCGCAAGCAGAAGCCAGUGCUGCAGAAAUAUGCUGAGCUGCUGGUGUCACAGGGCGUGGUCAACCAGCCAGAGUACGAGGAGGAAAUUUCCAAGUACGAUAAGAUCUGUGAGGAAGCUUUUGCCAGAUCCAAAGAUGAGAAGAUCUUGCACAUCAAGCACUGGCUUGACUCCCCCUGGCCUGGUUUCUUCACUCUGGAUGGGCAGCCCAGGAGCAUGUCCUGCCCCUCCACUGGCCUGACAGAGGAUAUUCUGACACACAUUGGGAACGUGGCCAGCUCUGUGCCUGUGGAGAACUUUACCAUUCAUGGAGGACUGAGUCGGAUCUUGAAAACCCGCGGGGAACUGGUAAAGAACCGGACUGUGGACUGGGCUCUGGCAGAGUACAUGGCGUUCGGCUCCCUCCUGAAGGAGGGUAUCCACAUCCGGCUGAGCGGCCAGGAUGUGGAGCGUGGCACAUUCAGCCACCGCCACCACGUGCUCCAUGACCAGAAUGUCGACAAGAGAACCUGCAUCCCCAUGAACCACUUGUGGCCCAAUCAGGCCCCCUACACUGUGUGCAACAGCUCGCUGUCUGAGUAUGGUGUGCUGGGCUUUGAACUGGGCUUUGCCAUGGCCAGUCCUAAUGCCCUGGUCCUCUGGGAAGCCCAGUUUGGUGACUUCCACAACACUGCCCAGUGCAUCAUCGACCAGUUCAUCUGCCCAGGACAAGCCAAGUGGGUGCGGCAGAAUGGCAUCGUACUGCUGCUGCCCCAUGGCAUGGAGGGCAUGGGUCCAGAACACUCCUCUGCCCGCCCAGAGCGGUUCCUGCAGAUGUGCAAUGAUGACCCAGACAUCCUACCAGAACUUAAAGAAGCCAACUUCGACAUCAAUCAGCUGUAUGAUUGCAAUUGGAUUGUUGUUAACUGCUCUACCCCUGGCAACUUCUUCCAUGUCCUACGACGCCAGAUUUUGCUGCCCUUCCGGAAGCCGUUAAUUAUCUUCACCCCCAAAUCCCUGCUGCGCCACCCUGAGGCCAGAACCAGCUUUGAUGAGAUGCUUCCAGGAACCCACUUCCUGCGGGUAAUCCCAGAAGAUGGCCCUGCAGCUCAGAACCCAGAAAAUGUCAAGAGGCUUCUCUUCUGCACCGGCAAGGUGUACUAUGACCUCACGCGGGAGCGCAAAGCAAGGGACAUGGUGGAGCAGGUGGCCAUCACAAGGAUCGAGCAGCUGUCACCAUUCCCCUUUGACCUCCUGCUGAAAGAGGUGCAGAAGUACCCCAAUGCGGAGCUGGUCUGGUGCCAGGAGGAGCACAAGAACCAAGGCUACUAUGACUAUGUGAAGCCAAGACUUCGGACCACCAUCAGCCGCGCCAAGCCCGUCUGGUAUGCUGGCCGGGACCCAGCAGCUGCCCCAGCCACUGGCAAUAAGAAGACCCACCUGACGGAGCUACAGCGCCUCCUGGACACAGCCUUUGACCUAGACGCCUUCAAGAACUUCACUUAGAUGCUGCCUAGGAUUGUUCGGGCUGCUGCCCUCUCCACAUCCAUGACUGCCCCUCGCUUCUCAACUAAAGAAUAGUGCCUCAGCACUGCCCACACCUCUGCCCUUCUCUCUGUGCUGCACUCCUCUCCCUUCUGCUCUUGUAGGAAUUAGGUCAUUGCCCCCCUUGAGUGCUUGGCUGCCCCACAGGCCAGACGCUGCUCAGACUGAGCUGACUUCCGUCAAGCUGAGUGGCUUUUACGGAGGCAGUGAGGAGCAGGAGGAGCAAAGGAGCCCCCACAGAGAAGGCUCUGGCCGUGACCCUCUCCACCAGCACCACCCUCCCAGGACAGGGACUGGGCCUCACGUGGCUUCCCACUGUGCUGGCAACCUUGUUACCCAGCAAGGUACAGGCUCUUGUAUUUGAGACUAGGGUAGUUUCAUCGUGGGGCCAAGCCUUCCAAUCCACCACGGAUCCUGGGGUGAGAUCUGACAUACUAGCAGAGGUCUGCAGGGCAGCCAAGGCUAUGGAGUGAACCGAGGAGACAGGCAGCUGGCAGGAGAGAGCCUUGGCCUGACGUGGCACGGGGAGGGCGGUGUCAGUCUCUGCAGUGUCCAUUCUCUGUUGCCUCUUCAAGGGUCCUGGGCUUUGCCUGGGAGACCAAGCAUGUCCCCUUCACCCUCACCUGGGACUGGGCAGCACCUGGAGCCCACAAGGUUUCUGUGGCCAGGAAGCCUUGCUGGGGUCCCCACAGCCAGAGCACUGGCUGCUCUGUCUUGAUCUUGCUGACCCUCUACCUCCUCCUGUGGCCUCUCCCUCCUCCCACCACUCUUCUUUCUUUCUGCUAUUUCCCUUUAACCUAAUGGAGACUGUCUGAUGCAUCAUUUUCUUUGCUGUGCCAAAGCAGGUCAGAAGAGGAAGAAGAGGGGCAGGGGUGAGAGAGGCAGGCCGUAUCCAAGGGGCCAGCUGCCUUUCAUCUAUCACUUUGACCUACACAGGGACAGAUCUGAUUUAUUUAUUUUGGUUAAAAAAAAAAAAGAACAAAAACAACUUUACAGUGCAUUGGCUUGACCCAUAAACUAAGUUAUCCAUG